UGCUGGUAUUUUGCAGAAUGGCACUUUUCACAGGCUUAUCAGUACUCCUCUUCAUUUCCCUCACUGUAUGUGGGGCACAGCCUUGUCCACUCCUAUGUCACUGCUCACAACUUCCUCUUGGAGGCUUUCGAGUCAAUUGCAGUGCCAGGCACCUGACAGAUAUGCCAAAGCUGCACCCACAAACAUCAGAACUUUUGCUUCAGGAAAACCAUUUGACCACUGUGCCUCUUGGGUCACUUGACACACUUGGCAGCCUCAGGUUCUUCAACCUAUCCCACAAUCACUGGGACUGUAGCUGCCACAUUGUGUACCUAAAAAGGUGGCUUGAAGUACAGGCAACCACCUUUAGUAUGGAGGUAACAUGCAGCACCCCUGUUGCCCUUAAUGGCAGGUCCAUUGUAAAUCUUGAUCGACAUAUGUUCUCUAUGUGCCCAAGUACCUGGUGUUUUCUGCAGUUGUUCAUGGAUGUCUGCCUUUUUUUAGCUUUUCUUCUCCUGCUCGUUUUACUCCAUUACAGUCUGAGAUCUGCCAAGACGCUCCCAGUUACUUUUCAUCUAAAUGUUGCUAAUGAGGUGCUGGAACCGAAGCCACUGAAGCCCAUCAACGUCAUACACAGGCAGAAGAGAAGGAAACUAAGCAGUUACACAAACUUGGAAGCUGAGGCACCAGAAGGACCGAACUUAAACAGAGACAGGAUGGGUAGCAUAUUUGUGCCAGAUGGGAUGGAUAUUCUGCCACAGAUUUUAGACACACUGCACACACAGUAUGACAUAAAGCUGGUCAGCAACUGCAAAAUUAACAAUGAUGGCAAACAAUGCCUGGACAACCAAUAAAGUAAAAAAAAUGAGCAAAGUAUAUGAAUAGUCCAACUUGAAAACAUUAAACAUUAUUUUAUUGCUGCUCAGUUACAAAAAAAAAAUACAAAAAAAGGAUGGAGAAAUAAGUUACUUUGUAAGUCAUGAAUGGUGCAUUAUUUCUUAGGUCAUUUUUUGACCAAACAUUUGUAGUAAAAGGCUACAAAUAUUAAUAAAAACUACACUUAAGUACCA